AAUUCAUGGGUGGGACAGAAAUUGUCCUGCAAUUGCAGAGUGGCCCAUUUAUGAAUGCCAAGUGUCCUCAUUUGCUUCAUGGACUCAGUGAAUGAAUGAACCCAGUCUUAACAGGCGACACUUGCAAUUCUACUAUAAGGCCACUAGAUGCCGCUGUUAUUCCAGCACACUUGACGCUCGCUUCCAAUACCCUGCAGGUUAUUGAUGGAAGGAUAAGGAGUGCUUACGCUUAAGCGUUCCUAUAUAUUCUAACAUAUUAUUAAGCUGGAGAUAGCAUAUAUGCAACAGGUGCUCUGACUUGGACGACAAUAAAAAAAAAAACAGCUUUUAUCUGGUCAUGCUUUUUAGGUUUAGCCUGCAUCUGCAUCUCAUGGAUCUAACUUGAGCCCACCCAGAGACCCGCCUCGUUCAUUCAAUUGGUCUGCCACGAACCUGUUUGGUGAAAUCCGCCGUUUGUCAGUCAACACUACUGUAUCCUCCUCCUCGCUUGGCAUCAUCCUGUUGUGUGCCCACCUAGUUCCAGCGACGAACGACCCGAAAGCUUUCUGCUUGAAGUGAAUAUAUUUCUAGCAAAAGCCGCCGGCUCGGCACGCGUUUUUCAGAUUUGUUUUCGGUCGUUGUCGUAGCAUUUUAUUUUAUCGUCAAAAUGAGCCAAGAUGUAAUAGGCUGCUGUGUAGUUAUUGCUAGCUAGGCAGUCAAAUUCCUUCAACCAGCAGCCUGCUGCUUCAAUCACUGCGGGUUGACACAUUUUAGCCGAGGCGCUGUUUAGUGAGCUAGCGGGCUAGCAGGGCAGCCUCCGUAGUCGUUACGUCUAAUUUAGCCAGCGUUAGCUGAUGUAGUUACUCGGAAAAUAGGCGCAGUGCUGCGGUGUGGCUAGUGCAAUAUAGAUUACCACUCUAAUAUUAGCCUGCUGACAAGGGGUCUUUACUUUUACAGACUAAACGGGCUUAUCUAGCGUUGGGGAGAGUGCACAGAUAUCAGCUGUUACGGGUUCGGAUGUGGCGACUCUGCGGUCUUAAACCACUUUUAGCGGAUUGAGAAGAUUAAAUUAAAGAAGGUAGAAUUGGAUCUCCCAGUGACACACGAGGGGUUAAUGAUAUAAACGGGUAUUAAGUAGCUAAUCUGUGGCAGCUGGAGUCAUUUUAAUAUUAGCUGUAUUAAGAGGCGUGCAGGCUGAGAGCAUCUCGGGGAGGCCCCACCGUCUCCUGGCUCCCUCCUCCUUGUCCGAAUCUCCCGUGAUUUGCUGAGAUCGCCCGGUUGAAGUCGCAGUUGCUCUCGGCCGGGGGGACAACUUGACAGCGAGGCCCCUUGGCUAGUCUCCCCCCCACCCCUCCCCCAGUCCUAUCCAUCCACUCGUCCGGUCCGACACUACUACUACCACCACCACCACCUCCUCCUCGCUAGAGACAGAAGCGAGGAAACCGGGGUUCGGGAGAAGCUGAAACCGUGGGCAAGUGUUCGUUAGGUCCCGCCUGAACCGGGCUGCCAAAAACCAGAGGGGAUGACUCUGGAGUCCAUGAUGGCUUGCUGCCUGAGCGAAGAGGCGAAGGAGUCGAAACGAAUCAAUGCAGAAAUUGACAAACAACUCCGCCGAGACAAGCGAGACUCCAGGAGAGAGCUGAAAUUACUGCUGCUCGGUACAGGAGAAAGUGGCAAGAGCACCUUCAUCAAGCAGAUGAGGAUCAUCCAUGGAGCUGGAUACUCUGAUGAAGAUAAAAGAGGCUUCAUUCGACUUGUUUAUCAAAACAUCUUCACCUCCAUGCAGUCCAUGAUCCGCGCCACUGAGAACCUCAAGAUCCCCUACAAAUAUGAAGACAACCGGGCUAAUGCUAUGCUUGUGAAGGAGGUGGACAUUGAGAAGCUCAAUAGUUUUGAGCAACCAUACAUCACAGCUAUUAAAACCCUGUGGGCUGAUCCAGGAAUCCAGGAGGCCUACGACCGUCGCAGAGAAUACCAGCUCUCUGACUCCACAAAAUAUUACCUUAGUGAUAUAGACCGUGUGACUGCGGAGGGUUAUGUUCCCACCCAGCAAGAUGUACUGAGGGUCCGUGUUCCCACCACGGGUAUAAUAGAGUACCCGUUUGACCUGGAGAACGUCAUCUUCAGUUAUCUUUCGGAUCUGGAUCGUAUUUCAGAUUCCAACUAUCUUCCCACACAGCAGGAUGUACUCAGGGUGCGCAUCCCCACUACAGGAAUCAUAGAGUACCCCUUCGACUUGCAAAGCAUCAUUUUCAGGAUGGUAGAUGUAGGGGGCCAGAGGUCAGAGAGGAGGAAGUGGAUUCACUGCUUUGAGAAUGUCACUUCCAUUAUGUUUCUUGUGGCGCUGAGUGAGUAUGAUCAGGUCCUGGUGGAGUCAGACAAUGAGAACCGCAUGGAAGAGAGUAAGGCUCUGUUCAGGACUAUCAUUACCUACCCCUGGUUUCAAAACUCCUCUGUCAUCCUCUUCCUUAAUAAGAAAGACCUGCUAGAGGAGAAGAUCACCUACUCGCACUUGGUGGACUACUUUCCCGAGUUUGAUGGUCCCCAGAGAGAUGCACAGGCGGCGCGGGAGUUCAUCCUCAAGAUGUUUGUGGAUUUAAACCCAGACAGCGACAAGAUCAUCUACUCUCACUUCACUUGUGCCACGGACACUGAGAACAUCCGCUUUGUGUUUGCAGCUGUCAAAGACACCAUCCUACAGCUCAAUCUCAAAGAGUACAACCUGGUGUGAGGGCUCAAAUGCGACGCACAUCUCCUCCCCCACUGCACAAAUGCACACCUCUUUGGGAAUGUGCCGUCAGCUCCACAUGCAUUACACAGCACAUCACUCCAGCUCACAUACACAAACACACACAGCCGCAGAUGUGCUCGCAUGCACGCACACAAUCCCUCCCCCAACAGAACCGUUUUUUUUGUUUGUUUUUUUUCUCCCCCUUUCUCCCAGUACAGUGAACCCACAGAUCCUCCCACCUGCAGACGUUGCCCCUCUUCUUUCACCAAAGCCUCUUCCUCCUCCUCUCGGCAGCUUGCUGUGUUAGUCUUCAGUCCUCCCAAAGCUGCUCUGUGUGUGUGGGUGUGGAUUUGGCCCCGGCUGCUGGCUCUGGCACACAAACCUUUCACACGAGCUAUACAGUGACUGGAGGGGAUUUUGGUGUGAGUGCGUGUGUGUGUUUGUGUAUUGGGGGCAUCAUUGAUUAGAGAGGAUCUGUGUUUCGGUGAAUAGCGGCAUCAUACCCCCUGGCCCUUCGGAGUUUACCUUCAGCAGUGCGAGAGCAGAUUCUCCGUCGUCUCCUUUCCACGCUCCUGCCAGUGUGGAAUUAACAGAGUUCCAUAUUUUCUGACACAAUCCGAGGACCUGAGAGAUACUUCAGAGCGACUCGGUGGGGGACGGGACUGAGGAUUCUGUCUCCAUCUUGCGUCUAUGAAUGUACCCACCAGUGUGAGCAUCGCAAUCACAAAAAAUAGAAAAAAAUAUAUAUUAUGAAGUAAAUGCAUAUGUAAACACUUAAAACAUGAAGGGGGGAGGAGGGAGGGGAGCAGGAGAUGGCUAAUCAAAAUCUGUUAAUUGCUGAGAUUUGUAAAAAAACAAACAAACACUUUUUAAUGUAUUUAACAAGUAUGAUUAAAUGGAGUGGUUGUAAGAAAAUUUUGCAAGGCGACAAAAAUUUAAAGAAGCAACCAGAAAUUUACAUGACAAUAGGUGUCCUUUUAAGAUCUUUUUCUUUUUUAUGUUUAAGUUGAUCACAUGCUUCCCUCCUCCAGAUGUUAUCUAUAUGGAUUCACAGGAACAAUCUUCCAAAGUAUCAUCAGUGAAUCUGGCUCCACUGGUACCCAUCCAAUGCCCCAUUAUGAGACACUAAGUAGCGGGUGAGAGGACAGCUGCUUUCAAUGAGGCUCUGCUCUGAUUGGUGGAAGCGGAUGCGGAGGGGAGCUGAUGUCAUCAGUGUUCAGAGCACAUCUGCAGCUCGGGCUGCGAGUAGCUUAAUUCCACAAAAACAAAAAAAGCUGCAGUGCCCGCACUCUAAGGCACGAGUAGAAUCCAUGCGGUAACAUCUGAUGACAUCACUCAGCCGUCCAAUCAGACACACUUCCUAUAAUGGGAGGUGCUUCUGUUUACUUUCCUUAAUUUGUUUUUUUUUAAACUGUAUAGUCACUUUGUUUAUAAAAAGAAAAAAAAAAGAUUGCUUAAUGUUGAGUGAUUUAGAGGAAGGGGUGGUUAUGAACCUUUCACAGAAAACACACUAAAGUCUGCAAAUGUUUGUGUAUAUCUGUUUGUAAAUACAUAUACACAAAACACUCCUGUACAGAAACGCUCUGUGGUACACCAUCUUUGGCCAAAAAAAAAACAAACGUACAAAAAAAGUAUUCACAUACAUAUUUUUCUUUUGUGUUUUUCCUAUGAAUUUAUGGUAGUAUUGAUACUGUGAUUAUGGAUUUUUGUUCACUUGAUUAAUAGGACUACACGCAGCUGAUUGGUGUUUAGGAAACAAGCGGCAAGGGCGCAAGAAAGGGGGAUUUACUCCCAACCAGCCUCAGAACACCUCACUACUCCAUUAGCUCUGUCUCUAGAGUUAUUCUAACUAGGGCUGGUUUAAAAAAGAAUCUUCACAGUAUGGGGACAAGAUCAUUUUAAAAGUAAUUAAAGAUUUUUUUUUUUAAUUUAUUUAAUUUAUGGACCAGGUUUGAAGGUGUUGAUAAUUUGACUGCUUUCGAUUUUGUUGAGUUUGUUUUUCCUCUCCGCCUAACUUGAGUCUGAACUGCUGUAAAAAUGAAUGUCUGGUAGUGUAAGGAUCUUAUUUCUGCUUUCUCUUUCUUAUUGAGACCUUUCCAGUUGUACUUGCGAUGACAUCUCCAUUCAUGAUGAACCUGUUUUUCUUUAGGAGCCCUCACAUUUUCAUUUUUUAUUUUAAGAAAUUCAUAUUUUUCUGUUUAUAGAUGCAGUGCUGUAAUGAAUACCUAAGAAAAUGUACAGUGUGAACAUAGUUGGAUUUUUUUUUUUCUUCUUUUUUUUGGGGGGGGGCGGGACGGGUCUGGCUCGUGAGUAGUGCCAGUGAAGUAUGGAUAUACUUCCUUUUUUUUUUUUUUUUUUUUUUUCUCUCUCCUUCCAGUGUCUUUGACCUUUUCUACAGGUGACUUACCCUUCAUCCUCAUUAAGGGCUAUCACAGUGCAUAAGGCAUCAGACAGUGGGGAGUGGAGUACAGGACCACAGUGAACCAAGUCAUCCAAUACUAAUGUGUUUAUAAAUGGAGAUUACUUGCAGUAUGUGCUUUAAGAAGUAUAGGCAGGGUGUUUGUGUGUGUAGAGAGUUUACCACCACUAAGCAGUUUUCUUAAUGCAUUUAAGUAUCGGGCCCUACGGCCAACCUGAUCUUCACUACGUUUUGUUUGCAUUGGUAUCACAGAGUUACCUGUGACACCCUGUGCAGUAUAGAAACACUUAUCAGUAAAGACACUACUACCAGGACAAGUAUUGUGUGUUUUCCAGAGUAUUUGAGCUAUAGAUGAUAGCCAGGAAUUUAUUUUUAAUUUUUUGUGUGUGUGUGUGUGUGUGUGUGUGUGUGUGUGUGUGUGUGUGCGCGCGCAUAUUUUCACCUGUCCACAUUUAGACGUUGAUUUUCUAGGCAGCCAUUACUGUCAGCUGAAGCCAGUAGAGGGGUCUGAUUUGCUCCAAAUUCGGCCUUUCUUUGCGUAGAAGUUGUUGUUGUUGUCGUGUGAUAGCUACCUCUUAAAUCAUGGACUUGGGCACAUAAACUUGGGCAACUUUUCCGCAUUGUCAGACUCUGCUGCGUUAUCAUGUAAUUACAUAGACAACACUAAAUAUUCCCUGAGAAGUGGGAACUUUUUUUCUAAAGCCCCUUAACAUUUAAGUUUCUUGAAAUCCUCAUCCACUAUCCAAGAGCAGAGGUCUGUGGAAAUUUACAGUUUCUCUGAAGUGACUUGUUUGUUUUCUUUUUCUUUUUUCUUUUAAAUGAGCGGAAACCAAAGGCUACACAAGUCAGUAGUUCAACUUAAAAUGUAGGUAUGCUUCAAAAGUGCUAAGUGGUGAAAUAAUGUCUGAACAUUAAUGUAUACAUAUAUAUUUAAAGAAAAAACAACACCAGUGUGGUUCUUAAUGGCCAUUUCUGUCUGCUGAAAAUGACCCUGCUUUUGUGGUGACAGCCAAUUAUUUGGUCUGCUGUCUUAAGGAGGAAAUGAAGUGGGAUGACUAAAUCUGUAUAAAUCCCCAAGUAUUUAUCAGUAGUUGUGUUAUUAUUUACUGUGUGUGGAGUGCAGCUCGCUUUAUUGGUGACGAACCAUUUCGAACUUGACUCUUCAACUCUGGCACAUGGUGAAGGGCCACGUGGCGUGGGUUUGUUAGCAGGCCAGCGUUGCACAGCAUGUUAUUUUUGUGACACAUUUUUGUCUCAACAUAUGAGCGGGAAAGGGGGAGGGCAGUUGUUAUGAUAAAUAAUUAUCCUGUCUUUAGCAUUAACUUGUUAAAACAAAAAAAAGGACUGUUUUCACUACAACACUUAUUUAUUGCCUUUCAUUGCCUUGACUAACAAGAGAUGGUAAACCUGGCCCUGUGCGGUUUUCCUUUUGCCACGUUUGGGCGAUCAGGGUUGUGUGGCGCCCCCUUCCCAUGGGCUCGUUGUUGGACUAAGGGGCAUCAAACGUAUCUUUUGGACAUCAGUGUAAAGUUGGUGCAUACUCAAAUAUUUCCCCCUCCCCUUUUUUUUUUUUUUUUUUUUUUUUUUUUUUUUUUUGGUGAUUUAUUUAUUUUUUCUUCCUCUUUCUCUGUAUGAUAAGACAUUACCAGAACACUAUUUUAGGACCACUUGAUUUAAUUUCCCUCACUCAAGUGAAACCCGAAGGUCAAUUGUGUAGUGGUGUGUGUAUAAAAUGCUGUUUUGUUUGUUUUCUUUCUCUUUAUUUUGUAUGUAAACCAAAUGUAAAUUAUGUAUUAUACUGAGUGUGCCAACCCCACUCUCUCUAGAGCCAGGCUCUCUCUCCAAGUGCCAACGCUGUGGUCAUUUAUCAAAAGGGCCACCACCCGAGAUGGUCCCCCUUUUUAAAUAAAACACACCAGAGACUAAAAGGAUCCAUGAUUUAAGUACACACGAGGACUUUAUUCUGUAUUUAAGAUCGAAGAUUUAGGAGAUAAUCUGCUGUUUUCUAAGAAACUGUAAUUAUAAUUGCAUGUGCUGUUUAUUUUGUGUUGGAAGUGAGGGCUUGGAUGUUUUCACUGAAGCAGAGCCCUUUUACGAAGGGGUUUCAGUCAGUUGGUUAUUAUCAAUUUAUUGAUUUACAUAACUCUUGCCAUAUUUUUUUUUUUUUUUUUUUGUGUUUCAUGUAUUUGUUUCAACCACUGUUGCCUGAUCCUCAUUCAAACAUGAACAUGACUUAUGAUCAUUGCCGCCUUCUAAGAGAGAAACAUAAUGACAAGGUAUCUGUUUUAAAUUGAAAUAAAUUUGUUCCUAUACUUGCU